GUUCCCGUCCCUUCAGCGUUUCGCGAAGAGGAACCGAAUCCCGGAAGCUCCCACAAUGGUUGAUGGGAUGUGUCGCUAUCCUCCGCGGCUCCGGUAGUCUUCCCCCGCGCUGUCGUCCACUCCAUUGUGAAGCGAACAAAAUGAAUUUAGUAGACGUCCACGAAGGACCAUGAAAGGAAUAUUAAGGUGUCUCCUAUUCCACCCACCGUCGUACCCAUUUGAGAUCACAAGGUAGUCCUGAAGUCACACGUCAAAGCAUGAUUUUGUGAAGAAAGAACAUUCUAAAUAGGGCAGGAUGCACUCUUCAAACCACAGACUGCGAGAUAUGGAGCAGCACCACCCUCUGCUAUCAGCAGGUGGCGAUGUCGAGUCAGGGAGCCUGGCAGCCGGUGUGAUGGUUGGUGGAGCCCACGUGGACCACACGGCUGGGAACCGCACGCUCUGGUUUAUACAGGACAGCUGCGGUAUGGUGUGCGCCAGCAUGACCUGGUUCCUGGUGUUGUACGCCGAAUUUGUCGUCAACUUUGUCAUGCUGCUGCCCGCCAAGAACUUCUGGUAUUCUCUGCUGAACGGUGCCAUUUUCAACGCCCUCGCCAUACUCGCUCUGGCUUCACAUCUCCGCACCAUGUUGUCAGAUCCAGGUGCGGUUCCGAAAGGCAACGCUACCAAGGAGUACAUGGAGAGGUUGCAGCUAAAGCCCGGUGAAGUCAUCUACAAGUGCCCCAAGUGCUGCAGCAUCAAGCCAGAGAGAGCACACCACUGCAGUAUUUGUAAAAGGUGCAUCCGGAAGAUGGAUCACCAUUGUCCCUGGGUCAAUAACUGCGUUGGAGAAAAGAAUCAGAGAUUCUUUGUUCUUUUCACUAUGUACAUAGCAUUGAUUUCCGCGCAUGCGCUUGGUCUCAGUGGCAUGCACUUUUUCACAUGCAUUAAAGUACAGUGGAACGAGUGCAGUGAAUUCUCUCCCGGGGUGUCCGUGUUACUACUGAUCUUCCUCUGCCUCGAAGCCAUUCUCUUCCUCACCUUCACUGUGGUCAUGUUUGGUACGCAGAUCCACUCCAUCUGUAACGACGAGACGGAGAUCGAACGUCUCAAAAACGAGAAGCCCACCUGGGAGCGUCGCACCAGAUGGGACGGAAUGAAAGCCGUGUUUGGCGGUCCGCCUUCCCUGCUGUGGUGCAAUCCGUUCACGGGUCUGCGCCUGCGACGCUUGAAGCUUCUGACCCAAACUCGCCGACCUGGGUCUGAGUUUUCCAUCUGAGCCCAGGCGCACUUUAAUGACUCUAAAGAAGGUAAUGGGGUGGACAUGAGCUCACCUGGGGCAGGCCUUGCUGUGUGGGUGAAAAGGCGCCCCGAUGGGACUGCAGGACUUCAGCGGACUCCACUGCCUGUCCAUAAUCUCUUACCAACAACUGGAAGAGGAUUUUUGGUCCAUGUGGUGGCGCAUGCAGUACAUAACUGAGUCUUUUAUUCCUUUUGAGGCCAUUAUCUCCUACUCCUGUUACACACUGCUUUCUUUUUCUGUUUCGUACCAAUAGAUUGAGAUGAGAUUCAGAGUGAAUAUCUGACAUUGGGGGCGAGGAGCAUUAUUGCCAAUCUUAGAGUCGCCACACAAAGGCCAGACACUAUUCGUAUGACACUUCAGGGUUGAGCACAGCAGACACAGAAAAUGGACGUGCGGAGCUUUGAUUUGCACGUCUGCAAUCAGUCUCAGCCGCUCCAGCCUGAUGAGGCUUUUUCGCCAUCUGCAAAUGGAGGACCAUAUUGUGGAAAACAAGCCUCUUUUCUUCUUCCGCGGGGAUGAAGUCCUUUUGCCGUGUUUUCAUCUCUCGCGUCAUUAUUAUUUAUCUUGGCGUCGUUGCUGGGGCCAGUCCAGAACAAUGUCUCUAUCAUUGCACAUAUGACUCACUGAAGGGAAUUUUUGGGGGAGUCACAUUUAAUCUUACCUGAACUGGGUGGAGCUUGACACAGGCUGUUCUGUUUUGUACGACAAUAACUCAGAAGAUGGGGAUCCCCAGCUGCGGUCAAACUUGCUCCCGCUUGUGGAAACAGAACAGUCAACAACGUUUUCGAAAGCCUCGCAAGCCCCCAGCGACCGCCAUCUUUUGGAACCCAGUGGUUUUGCAUGCUGCUCAGCUAACAUGUGACGGGAUGUCAUGGAGGAGGAUCCACAAGCACAGAGUGUGGUUGGCAAGAGCCACGCUGUUAAAUUGCGAAACUGCUUUGCCUAUUUGAGAAACCGACUCUUCCAUUAGUUCACCUAAGGCCUAAAAAAAAAAACCAAGCAAACCUUUUCCAGUGUUUGUAGAACACAAACUGUAAUGCCUUUUAAUAUCAUCCAGUCAAGUGAAUUCCUCCACAUAUUUGAUAGUUUUCCUAACGUUAUUUGUCGCUGCAUUAGAUCAUUGGAUGGUUUUGUUUUGUUCCCACUGGAUAAGCAUGGCUUGAAUUCAGAUUUUUAAAGUCACAUGGUAUCGUCAUAACCAGAAGUCACUUUGUCUUCAUGUGCGCGAGACUUUUUCUCUUUCGUGGUCGGCAGAAGAAGGACUCUUUCUUCCUCACUGUUUACACUAUAAAUGGUUUGCAAUAUUGAUGCUUCUCAACGAAUGUAAAAUGGCACACGGCAAACUGCUAUCAGGGGAGUUUUCUUAACACAGACCUCAUUUCUCUUAUUGUGCUCGUUAUCAUUUUGUUGUGAUUUGAUGCAGUCAUGUUUUUACCUGUCAAUGUUUUGCAAUUAAGGACAUCAGUGAAAAGUAACGAGGUGAAAGGCCAGCUGAACACGUGGCUAUCCACGGUCAAUUUAUGGCUCCAAGAUGGAUGAUGUUUAACAUCUAAAGCACUGUGUAUGCCCCCCCCCCACAUCCUCACACCACCCACCAAGAUUAUGUGAUUUGCCCCAUCAUGAAACGCAAUUCUGAAAACAAAUACAGUAACAGAGGAGCUGCUAUAGAAAGUUACAAACCAUUCAAGUCAUCAAUGCUCAUGAUUCAUAAUAGGAAAAUGUGUUCUGCCCUCAGAAACUCACAAUGUACGAUGAAACAACUGCAACAGAAGUGGAUGUAGGAACAUAUUGUCUAUCGUCUAUCGAGCUCGUUAUUGAUGGUCACAGUUUUGGCUGGGAAUAAAUGUGGCUGUAUCAAGUAGGAGUGCUGUGUGAUGACUUUACACGGAUGAUGUCUAUAUCAUAAAUUGUGGUUUCCUUUGCCACAAGGCUUUUUUAUUAUUAUUAUUGUUCCCUGCAUUACAUUACAGUGACAUCACUGGGUUGUGUCACCCCGACACCUUGCAGAAUAAAGGUAAUUUUCGAUUCAACUGAAAGAUUGUACCCUCAAACUCUAGACCUACGGCUUGUAUUAAGAGUAUAAAGUUUUCAUAAUCGUGGUAUAGAUAAUAUUCUAAGGCUGUCUGUGUGAGUAUAAAAAAUAUUGUCAUUUUAAUAAACAUUUAAAUGAAGACA